AUGACGUCCACACUCGACGACGAGGAUUUGUCGCUGUCGAUCAAGAACGACGGCCGACGACCUUCCAAGGACAAUGUCGAGCCGUACCAAGCGCCUGCACAAGGCACACCCGUCGCACGCACACCGCAACCGCAACCGCAACCGCAUCCGCAACCGCAUCCGCAACCGCAACCGAACCCGAAGACCUUACCUGCCCGCCUGGGACAAUACAAUGUCAUCAAGACGCUGGGCGAGGGCUCGUUUGGUAAGGUCAAACUUGCGACCCACGUCGUCACAGGCCAAAAGGUGGCUCUGAAGAUCAUCUCGCGACGGAAACUGGUGACCAGAGACAUGGCGGGUCGCAUUGAGCGCGAGAUCCAGUACCUUCAGCUGCUGCGACAUCCGCACAUCAUCAAGCUCUACACCGUCAUCACCACACAACAGGAUAUCGUCAUGGUGCUCGAGUAUGCUGGUGGAGAGUUGUUCGACUACAUCGUGCAGAACGGCAAGAUGCCCGAAGACAAGGCGAGGAAGUUCUUUCAGCAGAUAGUAUGUGCUGUCGAGUACUGCCAUCGCCACAAGAUCGUGCAUCGAGAUCUGAAGCCGGAGAAUCUGUUGCUGGAUGAUCAGUUGAACGUCAAGAUUGCCGAUUUCGGUCUGAGCAACAUCAUGACGGAUGGCAACUUCUUGAAGACGAGCUGUGGAAGUCCAAACUAUGCCGCACCAGAGGUUAUCAGCGGUAAGCUAUACGCUGGACCCGAAGUCGACGUUUGGAGUUGUGGUGUCAUCCUUUACGUGCUGCUGUGUGGUCGGUUGCCAUUCGACGACGAGUACAUCCCGGCGCUAUUCAAGAAGAUUGCGCAGGGCAACUACAUUGUGCCGCAGUUUCUUUCGCCCGGAGCGAUCAACCUCAUCAGACGGAUGUUGCAGGUCAACCCGGUGAACAGAAUGACGAUCCAGGACAUUAGGAACGAUCCCUGGUUCAGGCAUGAUCUUGCAGACUACCUGAAGCCACCUGUUGAAGACUUCCUGGACACGGGCGUCAAUCCGAACAAGGCGAUUGACCCGCAUGCUCUCGCUCCUGGCAAACCAGCCGCCAUUCAGGAGAAGCUGCACACAGAUGUCACCUCGAAGCUCAGCAAGACCAUGGGAUAUGCGCCAGACGAUGUGCAAGAAGCUCUCUCCAAGGACGAGCCAAGCGCGAUCAAGGAUGCAUAUCUUAUCGUGCGAGAGAACCACCUGAUGAGGAUCAACCCGUCCAUGCAGGAAGCACAACCAGAGUUUGGCAAGUCUCCUCCAGCGUUUGACGGCAAGACUGGCAGCCUGCCAUUCAGAAACUCAUCUAUAGCGAUGAGGGGUAGCCCGAGGGCGGCGCGCCCACCGACAUCACCUUUAGGCACUGGGGCGGACCACCCUCGGCACGGCUCUACGAGCUCAUCGAUACUUGAGUCGCGAUCACCCGCAUCAACAGUCGCCAUCCUGCCGUCAUCGCUGCCUGAUUAUCAUGCUGCGUACAUGAAGGGACAGAUCAACAAAUCGUCCUCGCCGACGAACGCACAAGAUGACGAUGGAAAGCCGAGAACGAAAGAGGAACAAGAAGCCACCGCGCGCCGUCUCAAGCCGCACAGUAGAAGCUCGGCAAACUUACAUAGACAACCGCACGAGAAGCCAGAGCCGCUGACGAGUAUGCCGGACGGUGGCAAGCAUGCAAAGAAGCAGAAACCCACAAAGUGGCAGUUUGGCAUUCGUAGCCGCAACUCUCCUUCGGAAGCCAUGUUGGCCAUCUACAGAGCGCUCCAGAAGAUGGGCGCUCAGUGGGAAGUGCCCAGACUGAAGGAGCCUGGCGACCCUGGUAGCGGGGAAGCUAGUCCCGAGCGUCGAGAUGAGCGAGAGCGGGAGCGUAGCAACAGUCCAGAGUACAGUGAUUCCGAUCCUGGCUCUGGCACUGACCCCGAGUACGCCACUCACGAAGAACAAGAGCGCCGACGUGCCAGAAGACGAAAUCGUUCGGACAUUCGAGGUCGCGAACGCUACGGCCGCUACAACGAUUGGGGCUAUGCCAUACCUGAAGAUCCGUGGGUUAUCAACGCACGGUUCAAGAAGGAGGGCAUGUUCCCAGCUGGCGUUCCUCAUCCUGCUUCGGCGCACAGCUCGCAAGUCGACCUCAGCACGAGGAGAACCAGCUCAGUCCACAUGACGUCUGGAGUUUCUAGCGCAGCAGGCAGCGCCGAGAACAUCUCAGCCACGGGUCCAGGAACAGCAACCAGCAGCAAAGCCAACUCCGUCUACAGCGGCAGUACCGCCAAUGACGCCUUCACAGCCAAAGCUGAAGAGAACGUCUGGGUCUACGUCACGAUUCAGCUAUACGCGAUCGAGAAAGACUUUUACCUCGUGGACUUCAAGUGUGCCGGCUAUGAGAGACUGGUGAAGCGUUUUGCGCGCGAAGUCAUGGGCAGCAAUGAGAGCGAUGUGAUUCAACGAGACAACGCUGGUGAUGAGUACACGUCUGAUGAUUUUGAGGAGGAUAUGAAUGGCGACCAGUUGAUUGGCGCAGGCCGCACUGAGGGCGAGAAGGAUAUUACGAGUCCCUUCCCGUUCCUUGAUGUCGCGAGCCGACUGAUAAUACAGCUGGCCGAGGCGAAUGAUUGA